AUGCAAGAGGCUCUAAAGCUGGGAAUCGGCGAUGUGGUGAUCCCUCGACUUGUUUUUGACGCCGUUAAAAACGGAGAAUGGACCAAACUGUUUGGCCAAGUCGGCGAACCAAAGCAGUUGUUCCCAGCGGACGUCUACGACGAGAUUAUUGCGCCAGCCUGCCUCUACGUUCGGAUACACAAUCGUUCGCCUGGCCCAAGGUCUCGGACCUCGCAAUUUAAUUUUCGUUUGGAUCUCUAAUAUUAUUUUUGGUCGUAUUUUACGAAACUCUUUUAGCAUAGAACAAUUAGACAUCUGAAAGCUUUUUCUCUUCAAAUUGCAUGUUUUAAAUUCUCGCUUCAUAAAUUUUUGCCACCUUUCUUCAACUUUUGGUGCAAUUUUACUUUGUCGUCAUGGUUACUAUAACAAGCUCGUUUAGAUCGACCACGACAAAAAAUGUUCGAAGAAUGUUCCUCGACGAAGGUGGCCCAGUGGUGCCAACUGCUAAUCCAACCCUUGAACCGUUCUAUGGCCUCUAUUCGGAUGAUGCGUAUGGAGAUGCAAAUCGAAAACCAAGAGACGUAUAAUUAAAAUGGGAUUUUAUUGCGAAUAAAUUGUGCAUACAGUCGUUUCGUGGAAAAGAUUCGAAGCUUUGAGGAUGAAGUAUUUGGAGAAGGAUGGUUAAAGCAAUAUAGUUUGCUCAUCCUCCUCUUCCGACGUCUUGUGGCCAGAUCGGAGCCAGAGAUGAGCGGUGGGAACGGCCCUGAUCGCCUUUUCCUUUGGUCAGGAAGCCCUUGA